AUGGCCACACCAUCUGCGCCCGCAGAUUCGCCGAGCCCUGCCGCUUCGAAAUACAAUCUCCGCAACCCCCUUCCUCUCUCAGCUCCCCAGGAGCAAGAAGUGCAGAAACUCUUCCAUAAGCGCGUAAGAGCCCAGUGCGCUGAUUUAAUCAAAGCCUUCGCAGAAUGUGCCGUUGAUAGGACUGUCACCGCGACAUGGGUCUGCCGCGAGCAACGACUUGCCAUGAACUCAUGCAUGCUGAAACAUGCCACCCGGGAAAACGAGGAUCUCGCGCGCGAAGAAUGGUUCGCCACGGUGGACGAGAGGCGCAGGGCCUACAGGGAGGAGCGAGCAGGCGUGGAAGCCCGCCGUGCACAAUUGGAUGAAAUGAUGCGCAAAGAUGAGGAGCGACGACAGCAACAGCAAGCCCGUAAGAAUUGA